ACCCGCUGUUUAAAAUCGACCCGACCUAAAUAUUUGCAAAUUUUAAUUUACAAAUCAGCCCCAAUUAGAUGUAUCGAUUCGUUCGGUUAUCCCACCACAAGGCGAACCAACCACCAAAACAACACCACACACACGAAGCCGAGCCAUCCAAUCCAGCGGCUGAGAUCGCGCCACGUAUGCUCCCCCGCCUGCUCCUCGCCUACCGCCUCCUCGCCGGCGCCGCCCCUCUCCCCGGCCGCCUCGCCCGCCGCCGGACGGCCGCAUCCAUGUCAGCCGCGGCGCUGGGGCACCGGGGCCCGACGGCGACGGCGCUGCGCCUGCGCGGCGUGGUGUUCGACAUGGACGGGACCCUGACGGUGCCCGUCAUCGACUUCCCGGCCAUGUACCGCGAGGUGCUCGGCGGGGACGAGGCCUACGCCGCGGCGCGCGCGGCCGGGGGAGGCUCCGUCGACAUACUCCACUGCAUCGAGUCCUGGGCCCCCGACGAGCAGCGCCGCGCCUACGAGGUCAUCGCGCGGUUCGAGCAGGAUGGACUCGACCGCCUCCAGAUCAUGCCCGGGGCGUCGGAGCUCUGCGGAUUUUUGGACGCAAAGCAGAUCAGAAGAGGUUUAAUCACCCGCAAUGUAAAGAGCGCAGUUGAUUUGUUUCACCAGAGAUUUGGUAUGAUGUUUUCUCCAGCCUUAAGUAGAGAAUUCCGCCCAUAUAAACCAGAUCCAGCUCCGCUGCUUCAUAUUUGCUCCACUUGGAAUAUCCCACCAAAUGAGGUGGUCAUGGUUGGGGACAGCCUCAAGGAUGAUAUCGUUUGUGGAAAGAGAGCAGGAGCUUUUACUUGCUUACUCGAUGAAACAGGACGAUAUGGCCCCCAUGAUUCUUUGCCUGAAGAUGUUCGACCUGACUUCAAGGUUUCUUCGCUUUCCCAAGUACUCUCGGUGCUGGAAGAGCAUUUUGAUUUGGCACCGGUGGCUUCUGAGAGCAGAAUUUGACAGGAAAGUUUUAGUUACCUGUGAUCUAACGUGGAACCAGCUCCUGCUCCUUAAUACUAUGGACUCUGUCAGUGGUGUUUCAAGUACCAGAAUCCCGUACAGCUUAUGAAGAUCAUGCUCCCCCACUAAAUUGGAUUACAGUUUGUGUUCGUCAGUUGCCCUCAAAAUGAUUCAUCGUUUAUUGUCAAGAGCUCCGAUUUGAUGUAUAACCAUAUCUGCUUAUACCUGUCAGUAUUCUGUGGCACACGAUGCACUCUGUCAUAGGCAAAAAGAAACCCUUGUGAUGACCGGCAGAAUUUGCCAUACUAUUUGGGUGAAUUUGUGUUCGUUCACCUAGCACACUGAUUCAAUACAAAAAUUUUCAGUUUGUGCCCUGUUUCAACAAGUGCAUAUACAUGCGCCAAACGCAAGAAAACAAA